AUGCUUACCACCGAACCUUUAUUUCUACAUUUUUCUGUAGAUGAUUUACCUGUCGUAUUAACUACACAUGCUAGUGAUAUCGGAAUAGGUGGCGUUUUACAGCAAGAAGUCAAUGGACAACUCCGUAAUCUAUACUAUCAUUCUCAAGUUAUUACAUCAUGUCAACGAAAAUAUAGUACCAUGGAGAAAGAAGCCCUAGCUAUCUAUAAGUGUUUAGAUCGUAUGCGUUCUUUUGUAUUAGGGAGAAAUAUUAUCAUUAUAACUGAUCAUUGUCCCUUAUGUUAUAUAAUGCAAAAGUCUAUUAAGAAUAAUAGGGUGAAUCGAAUCACGCACUUGAUCCAAGAAUAUAAUAUCGAUAAAGUCGUUCAUAUUCGCUAUCAGUACGAUUGUCUACCUGAUUAUCUCUCACGUUACUCAAAAGAACCAUUUGAUGAUAUAUUCGAUAUUGAAUAUGGCUUAGCUAGUAAAUCUCAUUCGAUCUUAUCAUCAGCAACAUCUAAUACUGAUACUAAGAAUUUAACAUCAGAUUCAUCAGUUUCUUCUACUAAUCCGAAUGUUUUAGCAAUCAUGACUGUAAGACCACGUAAAAAUCGAGUUGAUUAUACAGAAGAACAUAUUUCUGAUGGAAAUGACGUGAAUAGUCAUCAUGACUAUAUAGUUCCGAUUGAUAAUGUAAUCAAAUCUAUUAAAGUUCCUGUUAUUGCUUCUAACACUAUAUUCCUUUCUCCUUAUUCUACACGAAAAUUAUCAGUUUCAAUUCCUAUUUCAUCUAUUUCUUUACCGUUUAUUCCACUUUCUUCUUUUAAACGACACGUAUUUAUUGAUAAUAAAGAUAGAAAUCUUUAUUUUCGAAAUUAUCAUACCGAUAUUGUAUUAUUUAAUAAUACGUUGAAGCCAAAAGUCAUAAGACAAGGUACGCGUGUAGGACAUUUAUUAUGUUGUUCUAUGUUUCAACAUCCUCGUACUUUUCAUUCGUCGUACUAUAAAUCAUUUGGAGCUACUAGAUAUGCUGGUAUGUCUCCAGCACCUAAUCAUUUCACAACCGUUGAUAAUUCUAGUUCUCAUUUAUGUACUUUAACUCAUAAAAAUAUUGAUAACUGUAGUCAUUUUACUCGUUCUUAUCGAAAUGACACAUCAACCUCAACAAAAUUAAUUGAUUCUACUAUCAGAACGUAUUUGACUUCACUUGUUCAUAAUAUUCAGAAUGAUAAACAAAAACGAGAUCUUUUAUCGUUAUUAAUGCGUUUCUAUGAUAUUUUUGAUAUAACACGACAUAAUAUUGCUCGAACUCUUAUACCACAUGUUAUUAUUACCAUUCCUCAUUCGCCUCCUGCUAGGAGACCGUAUCCGCAACCGGAUAAAGAAGAGGCUAUGUAUAAACUUAUUCAAGAAUUUUUAGAAGCGGAUCUUAUUUCAGAGUCAAAUUUCCCUUACGCUGCUCCACCGAUUCUUGUCAAGAAAAAAGAUCAAUCAUAUCGUUUUGUAGUUGAUUAUAAACGAUUGAAUGCUAUAACCAUUAAAGAUUCUUCUCCACUUCCAAAUAUGGAAGAUACUAUACAAAAUUUAGGAAAAGGUUUUAGCUAUUUUUCUAAACUUGAUCUCAAAUCAGAUUUUUAUCAAAUACCAAUAAAUGAUAAGGAUAAAGAAAAAACAGCUUUCGUGACCCCAUUUGGUCUUUACCAGUUCAAUGUCCUUCCUAUGGGAUUACGUAAUUCCCCUCCGACAUUCCAAAAAGUUAUGACAGAUACAUUAAAGUCAUGUCGCCAAUUUUCUCUUGCUUAUUUGGACGACAUAAUAGUAUUCUCGAGAUCUUUUUCUGAUCAUCUAAAUCACUUACACCAAGUGUUUUUAGCGUUACAAGCAAAAAAUUUCGUUUUGAAUCCGCCAAAAUGUGAAAUAGCUGUUUCUCAGAUUGACUAUCUUGGUCACAGUAUUAGUAAUAAUGGCAUUAAGCCCAUGAAAGAGAAAAUAGACGCCAUAUUAAGAAUACAAGAACCGCGUACUUUAGCUCAAGCUAAUCGUUUCUUAGGAGCUCUAGGGCGGUAUAGGAAAUUCUUACCAAAAUUUGCUGAUGUAGCGGCAUCAAUACAUGCUGUUACAAACCUUACGAAACCUAAUCGAAAAAAGUUCAAAUGGGAAAUCUCUCAGUCCGAAGCUUUUCGACAGCUGAAACAGAUGUUAAUUACUGAACCUUUAUUUUUACAUUAUCCUGUAGAUGAUGUACCUCUUAUUUUAACUACGGAUGCUAGUGAUAUACAAAUAGGUGGCGUAUUACAACAGGAAUUGAAUGGUAAUAUACAUAAUCUCUAUUACCAUUCUCAACUUAUGACGACCUGUGAAAAAAAGUAUAGCGCAAUUGAGAAAGAGGCGUUAGCUAUUUACAAGUGUUUAGAACGUAUGCGAUCUUUUGUCUUAGGACGUAAUAUAGUCAUCAUGACAGACCAUUGUCCACUAUGUUACAUCAUGCACAAAUCUAUAAAAAAUGCAAGAGUAAAUAGAAUAACGCAUCUGAUUCAAGAAUACAAUAUCGAUAAAAUAGUACAUAUUCGAGGUCGUUACAAUUGUCUACCUGAUUAUCUUUCACGUUAUUCUAAGGAGCAAGAUGACGACCUAUUUAAUGCUGAAUAUGGAUUAGCUAGCAAAAAUAAAACAGAAAUUUCUAAUCAGCAAAAUGUUUUAGCUGCUAUGACCUUACGUCCACGCAAACAUCAAACUAAGUCUAUAAAUGAUAAUGAAGCUAUUGAAAAUCAUACUGAUAGUCGUCAAGAAUUCGAUACUGUAUCUCAUAAUAAAAAUGCGAAAAAGAGAAAAGUAACACCAAAUAUUUCAUAUAAUUAUUUUGAUACAGCUAAGUUGCAAAUUGAACAAGAACGAGAUCCUCAGAUACAAAAGAUAGUUCGGAAUUUGCACUUAAAAUCUAAUACGUCUUCAUUCAUAAUAAAGAAUCACGUAGUGUACAAAUUCAUUACCUUGAAUAAGCAUCCUACUAAAGUAGUCGAAGUUAUUUAUUUACCUUCCUCAAUGAUAAAUUCCUUGUUGCGAGCGUCUCAUGAUGAUCCGAUGAUCGGUGCACAUUUUGCUACAGAUCGAAUGUAUUAUAAAAUUCGUCCUCAUUUCUGGUGGCCGCGAAUGAAGUCUACUAUUCAACACUAUGUAAAAGCUUGUAGUUUAUGUACACAAUUUAAUUUAAGUCGUAAUAAGAAAUAUGGGCACCUGCGUUCUAUAUCACCACCUGAAGGACCAUUUGUUUUAAUAGGUAUCGAUUUUUGCAGUCCUUUGCCAAGGACCCCUCUUGAGAACCAAUAUGUGCUGGUAAUCACGGAUUAUUUUACGAGAUAUAUAACCGCGAUAGCAUUACCAAAUUGCACCGCAGAAAGUGCAGCACGUGCUUUAUUCGAGGAGUUUUUUUGUAGAUUCGGUAUACCCUCUGUCAUUUUAAGUGAUCAAGGAAAACAUUUUCAAAAUAAAUUGAUGGAAAAUUUACAGAAACUCAUAGGAUAUAAUCACGUCUAUAGCACGUGCUAUCAUUCCCAAACGAACGGCGUUGUUGAACGCUUUAAUGCUACUUUUGUAACUCAGAUUUCAAAGUUACAAAAUGCUCAACAUAACAAUUGGAAUGAAUUUCUUCCAGCAGUUGUAUUUGCCUAUAAUACAGGAAUACAUAAAUCUACAAAGUUUUCUCCCUUUGAACUUUUAUACGGUCGUUCUGCUCGUUUGCCAAUACAUGUACCACCUAAACAUUUUACAUUUCUUAAACCUAACGACUAUUUCGAACAACUAAAGAAAACCUUGCAAAUAUUCCACGAGGCAUCUAGAGAUAAUAUUUUGCUGCAACAACAAGUUACUAGGACUUUCUAUAACAAAAAUCGUCUCAAUCCUCAAUUAACAGUUGGGCAAAAAGUAUUAACACGUAUGGUUGGUUUAAAAGCAAAAUUAGAACCAACAUUUUCACCUAUUCCUAAAGUUGUUGUUGAAGUUUAUCAUCCAAUUUAUAUAGUAGAGGACGAACGUACACAUGUAAGAUCACAGGUACACAUAAGUGACCUUCGACCACUUCUUUCUAAGUGA